AUGUAUUCUUCUCCUAACUCUUUUCUAAACCCCAAUGCUGCCAGGCCUGGCCAACAGCAAUAUGGCCAGACCCAACAGCCAUUCUCCGGGUUCCAGCAACAGCAGCAGCCGCAGCCCACGGGGUUCAUACCACAGCCAACUGGCUUUGCAGGCGGGCAGAUGCAGCAGAUGCAGCCUCAGCCCACCGGAUUUCCGGGCGGGCCAUUCCAGCAGCAGCAGCAGCAGCCUCCGUUCCAGUCACUCCAACCUCCACAGAUGACGGGUUAUCCCCCUCAGAACCAAACUCCGCAAUUCCAGCCACAAGCGCAGCCAGCGCAACAACAGCCUCCGCAAUCACAAUCAUUUCCGGUACACCCUGCCGGCCAAACGUCCUCGCAGAUUGCACAGUCGUUUCAAACUACACCCACCCCCGCUACACACCUUUCUUCCCAGAUUACUACAUCGAAGGUUCCGAGCAUGCGAUUGUCGUUUAUCACAGCGCAGGACCAGGCGAAAUUUGAGCAACUUUUCAAGUCUGCCGUUGGAGACACUCAAUCGAUGGAUGGAGACACUGCUAGGGAUCUCCUUUUACGAUCGAAACUGCCCGGCAGUGAAUUAUCUAAGAUAUGGGUUCUGUCCGAUACUACAAAGUCGGGUCGCCUUCUUUUCCCCGAGUUUGCCUUGGCUAUGUAUUUAUGCAACUUGCGUUUGACAGGCCGCGACCUUCCUGCAACAUUACCGGAACGAGUUCAAAAUGAAGUAUCCAGCAUGGUGGAUAUUAUCUCGUUUGCUGUUCCCGAUGACCGGCCUCCAGUUAUCCCCAAGUCUAACGCACCGAAUUUUGACCAGCCAUUGAUGCAAAAUACCUCCGCUCCGCCCGCUCCCCAACAGCCACAACCCCAGCAACCCUCUAACUCGCAACUACUUUCUCAGCUCACGGCCCAACCAACAGGCUUCUUCAAUCAGUCCACAAACUUCCAACAGCCUCCAUCAAUCGUUGCACCGCAGCCCACAGGAUUUCCGGGCCAAAGUACCGCAUUCCGAGCUCAGCCUACUGGACUUAUGUCUAAUCCGCAAGCCACUGGCUACUCAGGCCCACGCCCUCCUAUGCCACCUAUGCCAACCGGAUUUGGCUCCAACAUGCCCUCUUUGCAACCUGGCCCUACAGCACUGACUGCUCAACCGACAGGAAUGCCCGGUCAGUGGGGGUUUGUCAAUACACCAGCAACGGGGCUACCCAAUAUCGAAGCAUUGAAGCAGCGCCUCAUGCCUCAAUCUGGUCGUGAAGGCGGGUACACUACUGCCGGUCUUGCUGGAAAUGCUACCAUUCCCUGGGCUGUUACCAAAGAAGAAAAGAAGAUCUAUGACCAGCUAUUCCGUGCUUGGGAUGGGCUUAAUAGGGGUUUUAUUGGUGGAGAUGUGGCCAUUGAAAUCAUGGGGCAGAGUGGCUUAGACCGUAAUGACCUUGAGCGCAUUUGGACUCUAUCCGACCCGAAUAAUAGAGGUCGUUUGAACAUGGAUGAGUUUGCCGUUGCUAUGCAUUUAAUCUAUAGAAAGCUCAAUGGAUACCCCAUUCCAAACCGACUCCCACCAGAGUUAGUGCCGCCAUCAACACGGAAUCUAGACGAUUCGAUCGGCACUGUUAAAUCGCUUCUCUCGCAAGAUGCUGAACUGCGGAAAACGUCAGGCGCGUUUCUUCAGCCGCAGAAAACUGGAGUAAGCUACUUAAAAACUCACUCUUUCCGCUCCGGUUCACAAUCCCCAGGAUUUAGUAGAAAGGAUGCUACUGUCUUCAAAAACAAUGACGAUGUUGCGGCGUACAAAUCUAGCGCUCGACGACGAGGCGGUGCAGCGCAAUCUCCUUCACCAUCCCCUUCGUCUACUCCCUCUGAAAAAGUAAGCGAUGACUUGUCAAUUGAUCAGUUGAACAAGAAAAUUCGAGAGACAAAGGUAAUGCUUGAUGCCACGGAUUUUAGAGACGAGAAUCGAGCAGAAGAAGACGAGACUCUAAACCGACGGGACAGAAAGGAAGUGGAGUCACUCAUGGAGCGUAUCAGGCGGGUGCAGGAUGACAUUGACACUGAUCCUAAAGCCGCCUUCCGAAUUUCCGAUUCCGGUGCUGAACGACGUACGUUAAGACGCCAGCUCCAGACAUUCCAAGACCAACUACCUGAGUUGGCAUCCAAUGUUCGUAAAUUAGAACGUUCAAUUGCAGACAGCAAACUUGAGCUAUUCCGUUUGAAAGAUGCUAAGCUACACCCAGGAGCUGCUCUAGAAAUCGUUGGCACAGGCCCUGGAGGAGCUGUAACUGAAGCAGAUCGUAUUAAGGCUCGUGCUCGGCAAAGAAUGCAGGCCAGAGCGGCUGAACUGGCUGGCAGGCCAGCCCCACAGACGGAUGAUGGAUCUGCUGCAAGAAGACUUGAAGAAGAAAAAGCAUCAGUCACUGCCGAGCGUGAACGUCAUGAUGCAAUGACUCGAGAUGUUGAGGAGAGUGUGAAGGAGUUUUCUGUGAGUCUAGAUGAUAGCUUGAGGGAUGAAGAUGAGAACUCUACGCGUAGCCACGAACGACGACGUUGGGAGGAAGCUCUUGGGGUUGAAGAUCACAUUAGAGAUUUCAUUUACGAUUUGCAGCGGAACCGCAAGACAGCAAAAGUUCGUAAGGAGGAUCGGUCCUCCCGGACCGAUAAUUCUUCUUACUUACAACCUCAAGACCGCUACCAGAGCUCUCCAGCCAAUGGUGAUUCUCAGCGUGGAGCAUCCCCACUCCGCUCUGCUUCUGCUUCGCCGUCUGUCUCUGGAAUGACUCACGAAGAGCGUGUUGCGUCGGCCCGUGAGCGAGCGCAGAAACGCAUUGCCGAAAGAAUGGCGGCUGCAGGCCUAAAGCCGAACCCUGAUACGAGUGAGACUUUUUCACAACGACAGGAGAGGGAGAGACUUGAGAAGGAAGAGCGAUGUAAGCGUGCUGAGGAAGAGGACGCCAAACGUGAGGCAGAAAGGCAACGACGUCUAGCUCAAGAGAAAACUCCAUCAGCCCCCUCUCCACCACAAGCCAAGAGCAUGUCGAAGAAGCCACCGCCGCCUCCGUCGCGAAAGUUUAGAGCCGAAAGUACCGAUCAAACCGAGGCCAAGAGGGCCGCGGAUGUUGAUCUUGUGACAAAAGCAAAAGUAGAACAGGAAGAAAAAGAGAAGGCAUUAAGACAAGAGCAAGAGGCCCAGGAAGCAGAAAGUAGAAGGCUAGAAGACGAAGCUAAAAGACAGGAAGAUGAUCUUGCACAAGAGAAACAAGCCGCCGAAGCACGUCUUCGUGCCUUGGAAGAGCAAGUCAAACAAGGAAAGGUCAAGAAGCAAGAAGAAAAGCGCCGUAAACAACAAGCUGAAAAGGAGGCGAAAGAAAAAGAGGCUCGACUUGCAGCUCAGCGUGCGGAGCUCGAAGCUGCCCAGGCAAGGGAGCGCGAGCUUCGACGACAGCUUGAGAAUAUGGGCGAUGAGGGCUCUUCUUCCGAUGACGAGGGACCUGUUGAAAUAACGCCACAGAACAGUCUUUCCCCGCAGAGCCGGGUUCUUCCUCCAUCAACUUCGCCUCCAGUGCCGCCGGUCCCCAAAAUAGAAGAGUCAGAACGGGCAGCAAUACCUAGCUUUUCUAGCCCUGCAGCGACGCCAGAACGUGUCAAACAGAGCUUGCCUUCGGAGACAGAGUCGAGGAACCCCUAUUUCCGCCAGCUGAGCCACGCUUCGGAAAGCCAGUCAAGUGCACCUUCAGCUCCAGAGGUGCAAUCUACGAACCCGUUCCAUCGCCUUACACAGCAGGAAACCGCAACUAAAUCCGCAUUUUUGCCAGAUUCAACUGUGCCGGGCCCAUUGGAACGUAAGUCGCGUGCUCGCCCAGAAGAGGACGACUGGUCCGCUGCAGAAUCAGACAACGAAUCGGAUGAAGAUGAUAAUCGUGCUACUGGCGGCAGUGCUAAGCAGCUUGCGAGCAUUCUCUUUGGAACCAUGGCACCGCCGCGUCCCCUUAGUGCUAUGGACGAGAAGCCAGAAUCAAAAACUGCUACACCGGUACAAGAGGCUCCGAUUGUUCCUCCCCCUCCGCCUCCAGCUGUGGCAGAACCCCAAAGUUCACCUGAGAUGGACGAUGUGACAUCUCCUGCCGAACCUGAUGACUCGGGCUUCUAUACACCGCCAUCUAUCCCACCGCCUCCUCCACCAAUACCCAAUAUGAAUGCCCCCACUGCACCACCGCCUCCGCCUCCGCCGGGCGAAGCUCCACCUCCCCCUGGUGCGGCUCCACCUCCGCCUCCACCAGGACCUCCUCCGCCACCGGGACCCGCGCCGACUACCGCUGGAAACGCAGGAGCUGGACGCGGAGCUUUACUUGCUGACAUCCAAGCUGGCAGAGGGCUGAAGAAGGUUGUAACGAAAGACAGAAGUGGAGCGGCCUCCGCCGGGAGGGUAUUGUAG